UCCAGUCCAGAGUUGAAUACGUAUUAAUGACGUCAUGGUGUCCAGGACUCCGGUGUAAACAAUAAUCAACAUGGCGGCUUCAAGCGACUGGAUUAGUAAAGAUGAAGCUCUUACGGACACAUUUAACCGCUUUGAUACAGAUUUCUCGGGUGAACUAACAGCAGAACAACUACAGGAGCUACACUCUGACAUAAGAGAUGGAGGGAUAAGUUUACCGCAGGUAGAAGCGUCAAUAGAGGCCGUUUGUGCGGCCGAAACUUGCGACAGGCAGGAACUUUAUGAUGUUCUCAACGAAAUGGACCGGAGGUAUUUUCUCGUUCGCGACUUGCAAUGGGAGUUUUCAAUGCUGGACAGGGAAAAUAAAGGUGCCAUUAGUGAAAGAGAAGCAAGAUUCCUGUUCCAGGCUGUUCACGACGAUUUUUUCUCGCAUCGCCGGUGGCUCAAAUUCCUUCGUAGUCGCGCUGCUCCCGGUUCUGGAAUUAGCUUUGCAGAGAUUGAAGUUCCACUUUGUGAUAUGCCAACCAUGGAUUGGCUGGACGAAGAAAGGCAGGAUGAGGAUAAUGAAAAGGAGGAAGAGUUGAGACGUAAACGGGAGAAAGAGAGAGCCGAUGAAGAGGCGAGGAAGGCCGCCGAGAACAAGGCGAAAUUUGAGAAAGAAGCAGCGAAGAGAAAAGAAGAAGCGGCAAGGAGAAGAGCCGACGCAGAAGCUGCUAAGAAGAAAGCCGAACAAGAAGAACUGGAGAGGAAGGCGAAAGAAGAGGAGGAGGAAAGAAAGCGCCAGAAGUAUGAGGAAGAUGCGAAGAGGCUCAGCGAGGAAGAAGCAAAACGAAGAGAAGAAGAGGAAAGACUGAGGCAGGAAGAAGCUAAGAGACUAGAGGAAGAAGAGAGGAAGAGAAGGGAGAAGGAAGAAGCUGAUCAGAAGUGGAAGAAAGAGGAACUGCGAAAACAGCAAGAGCUGGAACGAGAAAAGGAAGAAAGAGAAAGAGAGGAGCUGGAACGAAAGCAGAGAGAGGAGGCGAUGGAGGCUGAAGAAUUAGCUGAAGAAGCAGAAGAAGCAGAAAGAGUAGCAGCAGAACAAGCUCGCCUAGCAGCUGAAGCUGCGAAGAAAGCAACAGAUGAGGCAGCAAAGAAGGCUGCUGAAGAAGCACAAAAGAAAGCUCUUGCUGAAGCCAUGGCAAACAAGGAAAAGAGAUUGAGGGCGAACUUAAAGGGGGCAGUGAAAUCUAGAAAGGAAGAAAAAUUGGAAGGAUCAAUCAAGGAAGCCAAGACUGCUAAAAUGCCUGGUUUGAAGAAUGACAUUGAUACUGCAGAAAACACUCUUAAGGAUGUCCAAGCAGGGGAAGCCUUAAAAAGCGCAAUAAGGCGUCGACAUCUGGGUGAUCUGGAGAAGUCAAUGGCCCACAUUCGAAAAAAUGGCUGGGAGAAAGGCUGGGGCAUUGAACUCAAAGAAGGAGAAAAACUGGCAAGCAGAUUAAGACGUCUUGAGAAACUGAAAGCAGAAAUCAUGGAACUGAAACAAAGUGUAAUAUCAGAGAUCAGGAGUUAUGGGAAUCCACCUCCUGCAGUCCACAAGUCAACCAACAUGAUAGAGGAAGUCCAUUCUGUUGCUGAGCAGAAGGAGAAACUGUUGGAAGAAGAAAAGAAAAGAAAACAAGAAGAAGCUGAAGAAGCAAGGAAGGUGGCAGAGAGAAAGAAAGCUCGUGAAGCUGCAAAGAAAGGUGCACCACUGACUAAAAGAACGUCACAGAUACCUGGAAAAAAGACUUCAGUGACUGAUCAGGGAGGCAGAACAUCAAGGGAUGAAACAAGAGGAAGAAGUAAUUCUAGAGGCAGAGAAGGGAGUAAGGAGAAUUUGAGCAAGUCCCCUGCCAGACCAGGUGUGGCACGAAGGGCCUCUAGCAAGUCUCCUGCUGCUCGCAGCUAAUUUAAUAAACUCAUAUGUACUUGUUUGAAUACAUAUCUUUCAAUAGGGCUGGUUCAUGGUUUGCUCAUCGUGACAGUUUUAGCCCUAGUUUUUAAUUCCACCAUCAACAAUCUGUGUUAAUCUCUGCUGGAUUCUAAACCAUCCCCCUUCCUGUUGGGUAGAUUCUUACCUCCUUGUUGUUUGUCUACUGCAGUAAACAAUUAUCACAAGAUUUCAUUCUUUUAAGAGCCAAUUCUUUGUGGUUUUUAAGAUCACUUCAAACAUUUAAUUCUCAUAAAAACCCACAAUCACCAGACUUUCAAAGGUUAUACAUAUUUUUAACAUGUAUCUGGUUAAUAUGGAAAGACUCAAACAGCUUGAGAGAGGUAAAUAAGUGAACAAGCAGUCAUCUGCUUGAAAUUUCAGCUUUGGAAGUCAAGAGUUUUCUUUGCCCAAUAUUCAUAACAAGUGAAUCUGACAAUUGUCCUUCUCAAAAAGAUGUUUUUCCAUCUUGUCAUAAGGGUGGGAUAAAAAAGUUCUGAGUUCCCCUGAAGAAUGGAACUUCAGACCUUUCAAAAUUACAUGCUCUGAUGCUUUACUGUUGAGCCUCCAAGACUCUUCAAUAAGCUAGGUCAUUACUAAGUUCAUUCUAACUAACACACACGGGGAGCAGGUACAGAUUGCCCUCGUACCUGCAGAUCACAAAAUAUAAAUUAUGAUAUCAAUGUUUAAUUAAAAGUAGUCUGUAAUGCAGGCCACAAUUCAGUUGUCUAAGGACGUUUUUGUUCUUUAGUAACCUGCUCAUUAUUUAUUUCUGUGGCUAAGAUGUACAUAUUUUUCACAUUUAGACUGCUUUAAGAAAUCAUUGUUUACUCAAACAUACCUGGAUUGCAUAAAGGAAGUCUCUAUGCUGUGCAGUUCAGAGGGAAAAUGUAUUUUUGACAACUUCAGUUGCAAAUUUUUGUAAUACAAAAUAGGAGAGCAAGGGAAUUAUUUACUUGCCUUUGUACAUAUCAGCAUUGUCCCAUGUUUAUAAUAAAAGAAGAAAUUAGUUUCUAAAGAA